AUGGGAAGAUCGACAACUACUUCUUCCAUUCGUUCGACAAAUAGUGCUAGGAGCACUAGAUCGGGGAGGAGUGUUAGGAGCUUGGGAAAGGCUAGGAAACCCGUAGCUGGUUCACAUGAAGUCAAGACCGGAUAUGUUCCGGCGAGGGUGAAUGCCGCUUGCACGGAAAGUGAUUGGGAGCCGGACUACUCCAUUGACCAAGACGGAAACCCAGCGCACAUCGAGUGCGAAGACAUGGGACGUCGACAAGGAGCAGGUGAAAGGCCAUCGGUUGUACAUCAGUCUCAGCUUAGGAUGCAUAUGCCAACACCCCAGCACCGACAGCAAGAACAAGCACUCCCUAACAUGGGCAGACCGCGAAGUAGUAAAAUGUCUAGAUCUCCUUUCCAAGAAGAGAUAGAUUCUACCUCAUGGAAGUGUGGCGACCAGUACAACUAUCGGCCUCCUCUGCAGAAAGAUCCCUGGGAACGUUGUCGGUCCUUGACCACGAAGUACGACGCAGAAAUCUGCAGCAGUUGGAAGGCAGAGAUUGACAAUAUCCUCAUUUUCGCGGGCUUGUUUUCGGCUUCUGUGACUGCGUUCCUCAUCGAGUCCUACAAAUGGCUGCAACCCGAUUCUGGCACAUACGUCUCACAGCUUCUCACCUUGACGUACGAAUCCUUCAUCAAUCCAGUAAAUGCCCAAGAGAAGCUCUCGACAUUGUCUGAUCCCUUCCCUCAAAGUGCAAGUGAAAGGAUAAACAUUUACUGGUUCCUCAGCCUUACCCUCAGCCUUGCAACUGUGCUUGUUGGAAUAAUCGCAACACAAUGGCUCCGUGAAUAUCAGCGUGAUGUCCUACUCUCAUCCAAAGCUAAACUUGCACUUCGUCAAAUGCGCCAUGAAGGACUGCAAUAUUGGAGUAUACCAAGGAUCGUUGCAAUGCUGCCGCUUCUCCUGCAAUGUGCCUGUAUCCUCUUUCUAUUGGGCAUUGUUGAGAUGUUGUGGAUACUCAAUCGGAGGGUGGCUAUUCCAAUCACGAUCGCCGUGGGGUUCAUGCUACUUUUCCUUGCAACAACUGUCGUCUUACCCACUCUGCAAUUCAUUUUUCCAGGCAACGAUUACUUGCGCGUGGCUCAGUGUGCGUACAAAUCGCCGCAAUCUCUCGCCGUCCUGCGGUUUGUGUCCGGUGCCCUCAGGCUAAUGCCACAACGGCUCAAAAACUCCAUAUCCCAGUACAAAACCUUUGCAAGACUGUUGGCUCCAUCAUGGCAUUGGUCGUGGACAGAUUUCGAUCUCUACUGGCGCGAAACUCGAGAUCAAGGACUCAUGUCGAAGGAAGUCGCUCGCAAAUCCUCCAAGGACUCCGAUGACAUUGUACAUGCACUGAAGUGGGUUUUGAAGACCUUCAACCAAACCACGGAAAAUAUAACAAUUGUCCUUCAAUGUAUUCAUGAUCUUCCUCUCCGGGUGGCCAUCGAAGUUGUGCGUAGCAAGCACUGGCCUUGUGUGCUGCCGGAAAUGGACGUCUUCACAGUUACUCAAUGCAGUGAUGAAGUCAAGCAUGAUAUUCUGAAUGUGGCCUUGAUGCAAAGGUUUUCCCAGACGAAUGAGCCUCUUCGGACAUUCUAUUGGGAAUCACAGAUACGACUGAUGAAUUCCCGCGUGCCCCGUAACAUCUUGGACUGGUAUUCCGACUGUGCAUUUCCAAACAAACUUCCGGAUGAACCAGCUAUGCACCUUCAAUUAGCGAAAGCCCUCAUUCCCCUCAUCAGUCAAGGUGUUGCCUCCUCCACCGAUGUAUACUACGCUUCCCUUGUCAUCGAGGCAUCCGCAUCAUCGAGGCAGCACAGCGAGUACCGACAUCGUCAAACGGCCCUAGACUCUCAUUUAGUCCAAGCUCUGGAGAUGUGGUUGGCUUCGCCGAACGCGGGUCAGAAUAAACCACUCCGAGACCGUAUUCUACAUUUACGCGAAGCUUUUGGCUCGAUGGUUGCUUCCUUCGAUUCGGUAGAGAGGGCUGAAGAAGCACGUUCAAACUCUAUGGGUCCCAGCAAGAAGUUCGACGACCCUAUGUAUCCUAUGCACUGUCAUGACGGACUUCCGCGACCUUCAGACCAGCCCUAUCAAUCCCCAUCCUGGCCUUUCCCUAACCCUCGAGCAACAUAA